AGAAACUUGUAACCAUGUGGCGGUCGGCUGGUAUCCUGUAGAACUGCUUACCUUGCAAAAGAGGUGCUGACCCAUGAGGGUGCUAGCAAAAGGAGACUGCUGCCAAAGGGGCCCACUGGGCUUCACACAAGAGGACAAGUCUGUAUGGCCUCCUAACGUUACUUACCCAGCCUCGUUAUCUUCCUAAAGUGGCCAAAUUACAAUUCUAGACAAUGAGAUGUUUGUGGAAGUCUGCUGAGUUUGGGAGAUGUAGUAUCCUGAGAAAGCUUUCACUUUCCUGAAGAAAAAAAAGACCAUGGAUGGUGGAAGCCACCCCCUUUCCCCUCUUCCUGCCUUGAACAAAGGUGCGAAGGCUAAAACUGCUGCAGCCAUAUUGCAACCAUGAAGUCAAUGUCAAGAGAAUCACAGAAAUGAUGGCCCUGCUGUUCUUAAGCUAUUGAACCAACAAAGUUACUCCACAGGAUCCACUGAACAUAGGAUGUUGCCACAAAAUCUACCUCGUGUAUUUUUCUCUUUCACUCAUGAGCUGCACAAUUGCAGAUUUGAGCACAAUGUCUGCAGACUGUGUUGAAAAACUCUGAAGAACCUAAUUAACACAGGAUGACCUAGGAGUGAUUCUAAGUCUGUGUAACAAGAUAUUACUCAUUAGUGAAUGUGUCAGUCUUGGUACUGAAUGCUGCAGAUAACAGCAAGUAGUUUCUCCUUUAUUUCUGAAGUAUUCACUUGACCUUCCAUCAGUAAGACGGACUUUUCUAAUCUGUUCCUGGAGAUAUUAAUGGAAUACAGUCAUGUCCACUCAAGACGAGAGGCAGAUCAAUACUGAAUAUGCUGUGUCCUUGUUGGAACAGUUGAAACUGUUUUAUGAACAGCAGUUGUUUACUGACAUAGUGUUAAUUGUUGAGGGCACUGAAUUCCCUUGUCAUAAGAUGGUUCUUGCAACAUGUAGCUCUUAUUUCAGGGCCAUGUUUAUGAGUGGACUAAGUGAAAGCAAACAAACCCAUGUACACCUGAGGAAUGUCGAUGCUGCCACCUUACAGAUAAUAAUAACUUACGCAUACACGGGUAACUUGGCAAUGAAUGACAGCACUGUAGAACAGCUUUAUGAAACAGCUUGCUUCCUACAGGUAGAAGAUGUGUUACAACGUUGUCGAGAAUAUUUAAUUAAAAAAAUAAAUGCAGAGAAUUGUGUACGAUUGUUGAGUUUUGCUGAUCUCUUCAGUUGUGAGGAAUUAAAACAGAGUGCUAAAAGAAUGGUGGAGCACAAGUUCACUGCUGUGUAUCAUCAGGACGCGUUCAUGCAGCUGUCACAUGACCUACUGAUAGAUAUUCUCAGUAGUGACAAUUUAAAUGUAGAAAAGGAAGAAACCGUUCGAGAAGCUGCUAUGCUGUGGCUAGAGUAUAACACAGAAUCACGAUCCCAGUAUUUGUCUUCUGUUCUUAGCCAAAUCAGAAUUGAUGCACUUUCAGAAGUAACACAGAGAGCUUGGUUUCAAGGUCUGCCACCCAAUGAUAAGUCAGUGGUGGUUCAAGGUCUGUAUAAGUCCAUGCCCAAGUUUUUCAAACCAAGACUUGGGAUGACUAAAGAGGAAAUGAUGAUUUUCAUUGAAGCAUCUUCAGAAAAUCCUUGUAGUCUUUACUCUUCUGUCUGUUACAGCCCCCAAGCAGAAAAAGUUUACAAGUUAUGUAGCCCACCAGCUGAUUUGCAUAAGGUUGGGACCGUUGUAACUCCUGAUAAUGAUAUCUACAUAGCAGGGGGUCAAGUUCCUCUGAAAAACACAAAAACAAAUCACAGUAAAACAAGCAAACUUCAGACUGCCUUCAGAACUGUGAAUUGCUUUUAUUGGUUUGAUGCACAGCAAAAUACCUGGUUUCCAAAGACCCCAAUGCUUUUUGUCCGCAUAAAGCCAUCUUUGGUUUGCUGUGAAGGCUAUAUCUAUGCAAUUGGAGGAGAUAGCGUAGGUGGAGAACUUAAUCGGAGGACCGUAGAAAGAUACGACACUGAGAAAGAUGAGUGGACGAUGGUAAGCCCUUUACCUUGUGCUUGGCAAUGGAGUGCAGCAGUUGUGGUUCAUGACUGCAUUUAUGUGAUGACACUGAACCUCAUGUACUGUUAUUUUCCAAGGUCUGACUCAUGGGUAGAAAUGGCCAUGAGACAGACUAGUAGGUCCUUUGCUUCAGCUGCAGCUUUUGGUGAUAAAAUUUUCUAUAUUGGAGGGUUGCAUAUUGCUACCAAUUCCGGCAUAAGACUCCCCUCUGGCACUGUAGAUGGGUCUUCAGUAACUGUGGAAAUUUAUGAUGUGAAUAAAAAUGAGUGGAAAAUGGCAGCCAACAUCCCUGCUAAGAGGUACUCUGACCCCUGUGUUAGAGCUGUUGUGAUCUCAAAUUCUCUAUGUGUGUUUAUGCGAGAAACCCACUUAAAUGAGCGAGCUAAAUACGUCACCUACCAAUAUGACCUGGAACUUGACCGGUGGUCUCUGCGGCAGCAUAUAUCUGAACGUGUACUGUGGGACUUGGGGAGAGAUUUUCGAUGCACUGUGGGGAAACUCUAUCCAUCCUGCCUUGAAGAGUCUCCAUGGAAACCACCAACUUAUCUUUUUUCAACGGAUGGGACAGAAGAGUUUGAACUGGAUGGAGAAAUGGUUGCACUACCACCUGUAUAGUGGGGAAGUUCAGGGAGUGCACGCCUGAGUUAUGUGCUUUGUCAUUUUCUUUGCUAAACAAAAGAGGCUAUGAAAGAACUAAAUAUGAGUACAUAAAAUUCUAUCUUUGAUAAAUUUUAUUUUUAUGCCCUACUUAAUAUUUGCAUCAGUAUAAUAUAUAUCAGUGAGUCUUACAGAAAGAUAUGCUUCCAUAAUAUGAAAUAGAUUAUUCAAUAAUUGAGAAACUUUAUGUGUAAUCAUGAGAGUAUAAGAAUCUGGAUUAUCUAACAUUGUUAGCCGUGUGUAUGUACAGUUCAAAAAGUUCAUUUAUAAAAGUAGUUUCCUGUUCCUAGUGUGGUAUAUCACAAAUUGUGCUGAGGUUAUUUUAGUAUGUGUGUUUCAUUCCCGUGCUUCUGUUCUGAAGUCCUGGAAUACAGUUUUCAGUGUAAUUAAUUCAACUGCACUUAACACUAAUGUCCGUGUUGGUAUAGAAAUGUCUAAAUCCUAUACUCUAGUUGAGGAAGAUCUUCCAUAAUAUUAUGGUAUUACACAGGGAAAGCUAUGACUGCAGGAUCAGUCUAACUAUACUAUUAGGUGCAUGUAUUCUCUUUUCACUAACUUAUACUUGUCUAUCUAUCUAGAAUACAGGUCUUCCAGUCAGCUGGUCAUUUACCAGGUGUGGACUUAAGUUGCUGGGCUUGCAGUAAGAAUUGCCAGCCACUCAUUGUGCGGGUCUGCGUGGAGCUUUAAUCAGAAAAAGCCUCCACUUUCUGUAUUAUGUUAACAUUGGCUCAUGCAUAUAACUACCUGCUGCUGAUGUAGUUCUCCAUCUUCAAGAUUUAGAGUGGGUUAACCAGGUCAUUACAUCUUAAUUUAAUAACAAGCAUUACUGUAGAGUGAUUGUGUAUAGAUCUGUUAGCUGUCAGGGUGUGUUUUUUUUAACCUGUUGUGUGCGUGUGGGGGUUAGGAUUAGUAAAGUGAACUGUUCAGGAAUUCUCUGCACUAGCUGUGCAGAAGAGCAGAUAACUAGCGCUGCUCUGGCAUUAAUCCCAGGAACCACUAGCAGUAGUGGGGCGCCGCCAAUCUAACAUGAGCACAGGUGCUUCAUGACAAACAUUACUAGCAUGUUCAACUGCAUCAUGUUCUGGCACUGUAUUUUGAAUGACAUUAAUUUAUUAAAUAAAUUGUAUAUAUUCAA